GUGAACGGCAAAACAUCUGUUUCAACUUAACUAACAGAUAGAGUCUUAACUGCGGCUGUUACACAUUCCGACACGCAUUUUGUUAGUUUACCAGAAACAUAGACAUAUGUGCAUAUUUGAGCAAAUAACCACUACUUUUAUGUCAACCUGGAGGUUAAGUGCAGUUUCUCAAACAUAUUUUUAUCUUACGGACUUCAGGACGAAGGUGUGAACUAUAUGUACCUAUGUACAUAUGUCGUUUGAUCAACAAUACUGGAAAUGAAGAGGCAUAGAAACCAGUUCAAGCGAGGUCAAAAUUUUUCUACGGACGAAGAGUUUUUGCUCAUCACUUUAGCCGCCGAGCAGAGAAAGAUUUUCGAAAAUAAAAGAUGCGAUGCUGUGACCUGGAAAGCAAAGGAAUUAGCCUGGGAAAAUCUGGCGGCCACCUAUUCGAUCAAGUCUGGGAUUAAGCGCUCCGGUCACAGCUUACGAGCCAAGUACGAGAGUUUAAAAAAGAAACUUAGCGGUGGCUUACCCCAAUGGCAGCCGCCCACAAUAUCCGUUUCCGAAAAACUUAAGGCAAUACUUGGAGAUGAGGACUCUGACAGUGAUUGUGUUAUGACUGAGACGCCGUCGGAGGGUCCUUCGGGAUCUUAUUCGGAUAUAAUCGAUUUCAUUGAGGAGAACUCUGAUGAGAAUGUGGCUUCCAAGCCAAGGACACUGGUUGCACCACCUAGAAGUCCGUCUGCCCGAACAGAACCCAAAAGAUGUGACAUUGGCAGUCUAUUCGAAGAGGAAAAAUUGCGAUUGAUCAGGGCACAGCGUAAGUUCUACGAACAGGAAAAUAUUCGGGCACAGGAAAAACACCGGGAGGAAAUGGCAAACUUAAGUGCGAAACGCGAGUUACUUUGCUUAGAAAUAGCUGAAAAAAAACAAAAACUCUCUGAUGCUCCAAAGGAUUGAUGUUCUCUAAUCUCAAUUUACUCUAAGACUAAUAGAUAAAGAUAUUCAAUUUUUGUAUUACCUAUCGAAAUACUUAUUAAUAAAAUCGUUUCUGUGAAACCCA